CGCCGCGCCCUGCCCAACCUUUCCUGUAUCGUACAUCUGACCUACAACUGGCAGAGGGCACUGAUCUCGUCACUAACGGCACCAGAGACUAACUUUAUAAUUACUAGUAUAAUAAGCCCCUGUCAUUUAUAUUGAAAGCGUGGCAGAGUGAUCCAUCUUUAUGUCAGUAAAGUGAAGUCUUCCCUCCCAGUCAAGUGAGUGAGGGGUCGUAGAACUCCCUCACUCAGGCGACGAUAAUAAUAUUGAACAUAUUAAAAGAAGUUUGGCAUCUGUGUGAUAGCAGGUGGUGGAGAUGGUGGUGGGUAUAAAUAUAACUGCAGAGGGUAGUCUGCGAGAGAACGGCGGGUCAUCUAAGACCCGUGUCAGGAAACACUUGUCCUAUUUCCUGACGAACCUUUACUAACCUAACCUUGGAGAGGCGUGAGAGACUGACACCAUCCUGGGCACGGCUACCCACACAGCUUACACAAUGAUCCAGAGACUUGUCCUUUAUGUAGAAGUGGUGGUGGUGGUGGUGGUGGUGGUAGCCGCGGGCGUGGUGGUGGAAGCAGGUGCGGCAGUGUCUGAGAAAAGUAAAGCCAGCAGCUCCUUCCCUGCGGCCGCCAUCAACAGCAAUGCUACACGUGCGGCCAUGUACUGGCGCCAUAUGAUCGGGAGACACCCGCAGGCGGCAGCGGCAGCGUCAAUGUAUUGGCGGAUCAUGUUCGUGGAGGACCCUGAAGGGGCUGCCAAGGCGGCCAUGGAGACCCGCAAGGCCACCUCCAGUGAUCCUGAGGCCAUGGCCCAAUCUGCUUUCUUCUACCAGCGCAUGUCUGGCCGUGGCCCCGAAUACGCCAGAAUGGCUGACAUCUACUGGAAGAAGAUGGCUGCCCACGACCCCGAAGUCACCGCCAGGUCAGCCAUGUACUGGCGCAAUGAUCCAGAGGCCGCCAUGUACUGGUAACAAUCAUGUGACCAAUCGUGACCUAAUAUCACUAACUACCAGACUGCCUGGCACUCAGAAUCUUACAUUCACAGCUGUGGCACUAAACCUGACAGGAAGUAUUGAAGAUUCUUCUAGUACCGAAAGUUGUACUGCUAGUUUUCCUGUACACGAAACCCAGUGUGAAGAAUACCAAACAUUCUGAAUCAUACUCAGACAUGGGUUCGUAGCCUCUGGAGAGAAAGAAAGAAAUUCAACUAUCACUUUGGCAAUCCUAAAAGCGAACCAGUGAAAGUAAUGGAGCAAAAUGUUUACUGGCAGAGUGGAAACCUAAUUAGGAGAUAAUGGGUCGCUUCCACGCCAAGCUUGUCACUUCAAAUUUGAUGAUUCUUGGUGCCGAAGCUUGGUGUUGAAGCUUGGUGCCCAAGUUUAGUGUCCAAGUUUGGUGCCCAAGUUUAGUGUCCAAGCUUGGUGGCCAUGCUUAGAGUCCAAGCUUGGUGGCCAUGCUUAGUGUCCAAGCUUGGUGGCCAUGCUUAGUGUCCAAGCUUGG